UGCUAAUAAAGUUCAUUCAAACAAACACUUGGUGACGUACUUUACAAUGGCGGCGAACAGCACGACUGUGACAGUUUUGGCUCCUAAUGGUAGAAGGCAAACCGUGAAGGUUUUUCAGAGCAUGCCUCUGUUACAGGUCUUGGAAGAAGUAUGCAAUAAACAAAACUUCAGUGCUAAAGAAUAUGAUCUAAAGUUUCAGAGAACAGUUGUGGACUUAUCAAAACAGUGGAGGUUUGCUAAUUUGCCAAAUAAUGCCAAACUGGAAAUGGUGCCAAGCAGUCAGCAGAGAGUUGGAUUAGACAGCAUGGUUCGGAUUGCUUUGCAGUUAGAAGAUGGAUCAAGACUACAGGGUUCCUUUUUAUGCGGACAGACACUCUGGGAUCUUAUUAAUUAUUUUCCACAUACAAGGAUUGUAGAACUGCAGUUGGUGGAAUUCACUCCAGUGUGCAUUUACAUGAGAGAUGAGAUUGUUGGAGAUGAAGGACUCAAGAAAACAACCUUAAAAUCCCUUGGUUUAACUGGGGGCAGCGCUAUUAUAAGAUAUCUUAAGAGAAAGAAAGAAGUAUCAACAUCUGUUCCUGGUGAAAUUAGUGCUGAUGAUGGAUGCAAUGAGAGAAUAUAUGCCCAGUCUUCAGUGGAGACAUCAAACAGAUCUAGUUGUGGUCCUCCUCAGUCGUUGAAAGAUGAAGAUGCGUCUACAGAAAAGCUGUCUCUUGCCAUGAACAACCCAAUUCAGAUGGAAAGGGCCAGCACCUCAAAUCAAGAAGUUAAAAUCCAAAAUCAGGAGUGUGUAGCGAGUAAAACGGCAACUGCACAUUUGGAAGAUGAGCCAAUAAUUUUAGAGAAAUAUAAACAAACAGAAGACAGCCAUGCACCACCACAUGAAACUGCUGAGGACAGCUCAUUACUAACUCCUGAAAAGACAAACUUUGUGCCAUUUUCUGGAGGUGGUCAACGUCUAGGCGGGCUUGAAUGUAAAUAUGAUGAGGGUGAACGUGGAAUUUCACCUUCCAGAUCUCUGACAUCUAUUUCAAGUUCUGGAAGUCCACCAAAGGCAAAGAAGAUUCGAACAAUUGGUGAAAAGGUACCUGAAACUAGCAAGGUAAUAACAAAAGUCAAUUUUGCCAUUUGUCCCAUUUUGGAGCACUAUAAGAUUCUGCUAUAUUUGUCAUUAGUCUAAGCAUGCAUUUAUAAUUAAUGAAUGUUAUUAAUUGUAUGAGUUUUAAUUUAUUCACUUUAUUAUUAUU